AUGGGUCCAUCGGCGAAGGUGCUAGCGCUGGUCGUGCUCGUCGCACUCGCGGACGUCGCGAACGCGCAGCUGUCGACGCCCAUCGCCCACGACGAUGCGGUGACCAAGGCGUCCGGCAAAGGGAACAAGUUCCUGGAUCGCAAGUCUUCCCCGGACUCCUUCGACGACGAGGAGGCGAUGCGGCCGCAGGACGAGUGCCCGGCUAACCUUCGCCUUCGGUGGAUGACGGAGGUGACCAGCAGCGUAUAUAGCACCCCGGUCAUCGCGGAUCUGUUCAGCGACGGGCACAAGGAGGUGGUGGUGCCGUCGUUCGUCCACUACCUGGAGGUGCUCGAGGGGGAGGACGGCGCCAAGGCGGGCGGGGACUGGCCCGCGUUCCACAAGUCCACCGUGCACGCGUCGCCGCUGCUGAGGGAGUCGGGGGAGGGGACGGAGAUUUUGCUGCCGAUGUACGACGGGGAGGUGCACUUCUUCAACGACCGAGGCCAAGCGCUGGACAAGCGACUGUACGUGCCCAGACUCAGGGUCCGCAAGGACUGGCACGUGGGUUUGGCGCCCGACCACGUGGACCACCGCAGUCCCGACGUCGGAGCCGACUCGACGGAAAACUUCGAAAGCGGCUUCAGAGAACCCGACCCGGUGACCCGCGGCGCCCCGGAGCACGCGCACCACGCGCUCAGGCGGCAGGAGGCACGUUCAGGUGCGAACGGUGGGAAGGGUGGGAAGGGCCGAAGACUUCUGUCGGAAUCAGAGCCGUCCGCGGAGCGAGGGGAGACGCUCACCGAGGAGGCGGCGGCGAGCUUCAAGGUGUUCGACAACGACGACGGCGACGACACGGACGACGCGGGCGAGGAGCGCGUCGGCGGUCUGAGCACGGAGGACGAGAAGAUCCUCGGCGACUACCGCGCAUUCUGGGAGGGCACCGACGGCGACGAGGGAACGCAGGGCGUGGGCGGGUCGGUGAACGAGGGAGACGAAGGGCGGGAGGCUUCUAAAAACGCGCGCCCCUCGCUGAGGACGCAUCGCGACGCGCACGCCGGUUGGGAGGACGAGAGCUUCCACCAGCGCCCGCGCGAGUCCGGCGACGACACGCACGUCUACGUCGACGCGCACCUGCUCUGCACCCCCUCCGUCGCGGACAUCGACGGGGACGGAAGGGACGAGCUCGUCCUCUCGGUGUCGUAUUUUUUCGACCGCGAGUAUUACGACAACCCGACUCACUCGAACGAGCUGGACGCCUCGAUCGACGUGAGCAAGUACGUCGCGGGGGGCGUGUACGUGGUGGACCUCAAGACGCUCGAGUUGAAGUGGCACACGCACCUGGAUCUGUCCACGGACACGGUGAGCUACCGCGCGUACAUCUACAGUUCCCCUACGCUGGUCGACCUCGACAGGGACGGGAAGAUGGAGAUUGUCGUCGGCACGAGCGUCGGGUUCCUGUACGUGCUCCGCGCGGACGGGACCACGAUGAGGGGUUUCCCAAUACAGAUGGGCGAGAUCCAAGGGCAGGUGGCGGCCGUCGACCUCGACGGGGACGGAUACCCCGAGCUCAUCGCCGCGGACACCCGGGGUUCGGUGGCUGCUUUUCGGAGGGACGGAUCCGAGCUGUGGGAGCGCCACCUCGCGUCGCUCAUCGCGCAGGGCGCGUCGGUGGGUGACGUCGACGGCGAUGGAUCCCUGGAGGUUGUCGUGGGCACUAGCAGCGGCGCGAUCCACGUCCUGCGAGGCGCCACCGGCGAACCCGUGCACCCCUUCCCGUUCUACACCAACGGUCGGGUGAUGGCGCCCGUGCUGCUCACCAAACUCCGCGGGGAUGAGAGCGCCAUGACCCUCGUCGCGGUUUCCUUCGACGGCUUCGUCUACCUCGUGGACGGUAAGCGCGCGUGCAGGGAUGUCAUCGACCUGGGGGAGACGAGCUACUCCAUGCCGCUCGUGGAUGACCUCACGGGCAACGGGAAGAUGGACCUGGUGCUGGCGACCAUGAACGGAGUCGUCUACGCGUACGAGAGCUUGGACACCCCUUACGACCCGUUGCACGCGUGGACGUCGCAGGUACACAGCGUGAACAACAUGGCUGCGCGGUGCGGCGUCGCGUUUGGCGUCCGAGGCAAGGACCGCGGAUACCACGACGUUCGGGGCGAGCGCAUCGACGUUCCGUUUGAGAUUGUGGACACUCGCGUCGUCGUACCCGUCGUCGAGACCAAGGGCGGGGCGCCGCACGGGCCUUACAAGGUGACGGUGACGGUGACCUCCCCGGGCUUUUCCGCCGUCGCGCGCGGGUCGUACGACAAACCGGGCGCGUACAAGCUGAGCGCGCCGAUACCAAACUGGCGCGCCAGGGGUCGGGUCACCGUCAAAGUCUCCGACGCCAGCGCGCUGCACGUCGAGGACAGCUACUCGGUUUCUUUCCACAUGCGGUACUACCGCGUGCUGAAGUGGGUGCUGGUGCUGCCGUUCAUCGCGGCGACCACCGCGCUGAUGCAGAUGACGAGAGGGGAAGGAAACGCGCUGCCGACGUGGGGCGGCAUCGCGGGCGGGGUUCGGGGUAGGCUCGGCAAAGACAUUUAA